UUGGCCACUUUUGUUUUCCUCCUUCCCAUUUCUUUCUUCCAUUGUAGGUUCCAUAGAUUCUUCACUUCUGAUCCUCCAAUACAAGCCAAUCAUGGAAGGAGAGGCAUCAGUUGAGUUUCAAGACUGGGAGGUCCUAGCCAACUCCGAUGCCGGCCUGAUUAAUUCGCCCAAUUCUGCUAAUAAUUCCAGGAAUUUUGAUGAAAUUGAGGCUGAUUCUGAAGGUGUGCUCAGGUUAGAUUACUUCUCCCUUGAAAAUAAUAACCGAUAUGCCAAAACUGCUGUUGAUGCUAGUGAAGAGGGUUCUGUGGAGUCUGAUAAUCCGAGUUGGAUUGAUCCUGCGCCAGAGACUCGGUAUCAGAGGAGGAACUCUGGCGAGCUCUGGUCUGAUUCGGGCAGUGAUCGGUCUGAUGAGCGGAAAUUUAGUGGUUUUGAUGUGAAAAACGAAUUGGAUACUGUGGAAAACAUGAAAACCGAGGUUGGUUUUGAGGGGAUUGGAGAAAUUGAAGGUAAAGAUGGUAAGGAAGGGCAAUUUGAGUCUCCUGAAGGUAAUUUUAGUAACUUGGAGGGUAAAAAUGAAAUAAGCUUUGAGGAGAACGUGAAAAACCAGGCCCUUUUCGAAGAGGAUAAUGAUUUGAGCAAUUUCUGGGCUGAUUCAAGUGGUGAUAGUCUGGUUUUUGGUGAUGUUGGGAAGGUGAAUGAGGGUUCUGAGUUUUUGGGUGAGUCCAACAUUGAAAAUUCGCCCAAAGAGGACAAUUUGAGCGUUGUUGCAGUCGGAGAAAGAAAACCAGCAGGUAGUGAGGCGAAGAGGAAGAUGGUGUGGUGGAAGGUCCCUUUUGAAUUGUUGAAAUAUUGUCUUUUCAGGGUCGGUCCUGUUUGGUCUUUCUCUAUGGCUGCAGCUGUAAUGGGAUUUAUUAUCUUGGGACGGAGAUUGUACAAGACGAAGAGCAAGAUAAGGAGCUUGCCACUUAAGGUUACUGUGGAUGACAAGAAGGUUUCUCAGUUCAUCAGUCGCGCUGGACGUCUUAAUGAAGCAUUUUCAGUGGUGAGACGAGUGCCCAUUGUACGGCCAUUGCUGCCUGCAACUGGGCCGAAUUCAUGGCCUGUGAUGACUUUGAGAUGAAAAUAUUAUUGUGGAAUCGGGAAGCAUUGUGUGAACGUGUUUGGGAUUUAAUGUCCGUCUUGCUUUGCUCUGUAAGUAACACGCCUAGAGUAUUUUAAAUUUUCUUUUGUGUAUGAACUUUGUUUAAUUGUGUAUAAAUGCUAAACCAAUUUAUUUGGAGGGUCCUUUUAUGUGAUUUUGUAUAAGGUCAAAGACUAUCCUGUACUGUUCUGAGUUACUUUCCUCACCUCUUCUUGUCAUGUUGGUUACUUUAAAAGAAAUGGAAUGUAACGAUAAUGUUGUUAUUUCUA